ACUCAUCUGUCAGCAGAAAGAUCAUUUUACAUCUUUGAAUCACACACUGACACCAUGCUGGGGAUAUUCUUCACUCUCUUCAUUGCUCUAACAUGUGUGAGCGGUGUGACGGUUGUGACACAGAAACCUCCAGUUCUGACAGUGAGGAAAGGAGAGACAGCCACCAUGGACUGUAACCUGGGGAGCGUUAGUAACCAUUACGCUCAUUGGUACAAACAGAUUCCAGGUGGAGCUCCACAGUGGGUGCUGUCUUUCUAUCAUAGCCAUAGUGCACCAAGCUAUGGUUCUGGGUUUUCAUCUCCAAGGUUCACAUCAACUCAUCAGUCCACAACAGAUUAUCGUUUAAUCAUCAACAAUGUAGAAGAGCAAGACUCUGCAGUUUAUUACUGCAAUACAUGGGACAGCUCUGUAAAGGAGUUCGUAUUCGGACCGGGAACCAAGCUGAUUGUCACAGGCUCCACUCUCCCUCCUCCUGUCCUGACCGUUUUCCCUCCAUCCAAGGCUGAGCUCCAGUCCAGCAAAGCCACUCUGCUCUGUCUGUCCACUCAGUCUGGACCUUUUGCUGAUGUGAACUGGUUGGUUGAUGGGAGUCCAGUAAGCAGUGGGAUCUCUACCAGCACUGCUGUUCAGAAACCAGACCAGACUUUCCACAUCAGCAGUUCUCUGUCCAUCCAGACAUCAGACUGGAACGGGAACAAGGUUUACGCCUGUAAAGUGUCUUUGGGUUCUCAGACUGCAGAGAAAACCAUCAACAAGUCAGAAUGUCCUGCUGAAGAAUAGCAGAAGAUCUUAAUCAUCAUUUAUAAUCUGCUUUUGAUUCAGUUUAUUCUUUACAAGACUUAGAAAACUUGCUUCUCUGUUCAGUGUGCUUGACAACUAUUGUUCUCUUGGCUUUCUUUUUCAUUAAUAAACUGUGGAAAUGUGA